AUAUAAUGCCAUUCACCAUCAUCUUCACAGCUUAUCUGUUAAUUGCGUAAUUACAUCUGUUCUAUUUCUAUCUCUCUUUCUCUCUCUACCUAGAAUUUCAUACGCUUUUGUAACCUUUCUUGAACACAGAGCUCAAUCACCUGUUGUGCGUUGUAAGUAAAAUGCAGACAAGAACAGUACAAGUUGGGCAUCUUUCAGAUCUAGCUACCGAGAGAGAAAUUCACGAGUUUUUCUCCUUUUCUGGCGACAUAGAGCACGUUGAGAUCUGCCGCGAUUCAGUACAAAACAAGACUGCAUUCGUCACGUUUAAAGAUCCAAAGGCUCUUGAAAUUGCAUUAUUGCUAUCGGGAGCAACCAUAGUGGAUCAGAUUGUUAGCAUCACACCUGUAGAAAAUUAUGUGCCACAACCCAAGUUCCAGGAAGUUCGUGAAGUAGAUAAUGCCAUGAGUAUGUCUCCAGAAAACCUUUCACCAAAUGCAGAGGGGAAUGGUAGCUCUCCUAGGAGUGGAAGAGUAUACAUGAGUAAAGCACAAGAUGUUGUAACAAGUGUUCUUGCUAAAGGUUCAGCAAUCAGGCAAGAUGCUUUAAAUAAAGCUAAAGCAUUUGAUGAAAAACACCAAUUAAGAGCCAAUGCAUCUGCUAGGGUUAAUUCACUAGACAAAAGAGUAGGGCUUACAGAGAAAUUUAGUGUUGGGGUUUCAGUUGUAAAUGAAAAAGUUAAGUCAGUGGAUCAAAGGCUGCAAGUAUCAGACAAAACAAUGGCUGCAAUAAUGGCAGCUGAAAGGAAACUAAACAACACUGGAUCAGCUGUCAAAUCAAGCAGGUAUGUGACUGCUGGAACAGCUUGGCUGAAUGGGGCUUUUGGUAAAGUGGCAAAGGCUGGGCAAGUUGCAGGAACGAAAACUAGACAAAAAUGGAACAUAGCAGUCUCAAAUUUAACUGCAAAGGAUUCACCAAUUGCUGCAUGAUGAGAGUUUAUACUUUAUAGACAGCUGCAUGCAUGCAUAUUCAUAUUCUUGUUGAUCAUACCAUAUGGGGUUCUUACUUCUUUCUCAAUCAUCAAAAUGAUGAUUAUUGAGGUGUAUAAUUAGAGAUGUUUGAGAUUUGCAAGCUUUGUGUGGGAUUGGAAUUGGAUAGUUUAGUAGUACAUGUUUCUUCUUCUACUUUGUAGUGUGUUUAUGGGCAGUUUUGUCAAUUCAUUUAUAUUUGUUAAUUGUUGGUAUAUUCUUAUGUAAACUCGAGGGUAUUGUGCAUUAAGGUCCAGUGAUUUUCAAGUGUGUAACAUCUAGGACAUAAGUCAUUAAUGAUGUGGACUUCAUUUAAAACUUCUAUUAUUGAUGCAAGCCUAAAUUAUUUGUACAA